UUUAGCCCCACUAUCCCAAGAAAGGCUCUGCUGUCCUGAAAGCUUGUGAUGAUUCCAGCUAUAACGAUACUGCUUAACGUUCAUUGGGAGAAUUGAAAUAUACUGGAAAUAUUUCCAGGAACAUCAUCAGGCCUUAGUGGAACAGAAUGGAUGGGGCUGGAGGACCCAAGAGGAGACUUCCUGUGUCUUUCUAGGGUGAAGAGAAAUAAUUGAGAGACCGAAGAGGCCUAAUCACCCAGACUUCACACAGAAGGAUAUCAAAGAAAAAAAGUCAGCUUUGACAUUGUAAACCACAGACGAAUUGGAGCCUGGCAUUGCAGAGAGGUGUUCUGCAACGAUUUUUUUCCCCCUUGUCUAAAGAAGUUGACUUCUACAAGCGGGAAUCUGAGAAAUGACAGGGGCAAAGAGGAAAAAGAAAAGCGUGCUCUGGAGCAAGAUGCACACCCCACACUGUGAAGACAUCAGGCAGUGGUGCAGAAGGCGGCUACCUAUUUUGGAAUGGGCACCACAGUACAAUCUGAAAGAAAACCUGCUUCCAGACACUGUGUCUGGGAUAAUGUUGGCAGUUCAACAGGUGACUCAAGGACUGGCUUUUGCUAUUCUUUCAUCUGUACACCCUGUUUUUGGAUUAUAUGGGUCUCUGUUCCCUGCCAUCAUUUAUGCCAUAUUUGGAAUGGGACGUCAUGUUGCCACAGGCACCUUUGCCUUGACAUCUUUAAUAUCAGCCAAUGCUGUGGAACGGCUGGUCCCUCAAAGCAGCCAGAAUCUCACCAUGCAGAACAACUCCAGUCUGCUGGGCUUGUCUGACUUCGAGGUACAAAGGAUCGGUGUUGCUGCGGCAGUCUCCUUCUUGGGAGGGGUGAUUCAGGUGGCCAUGUUUGUGCUCCAACUGGGCAGUGCCACGUUCCUGCUUACGGAGCCUGUGAUCAGUGCGAUGACCACUGGGGCUGCCACCCACGUGGUGACUUCACAAGUCAAAUAUCUCUUGGGAAUAAAAAUACCAUAUAUAUCUGGACCGCUUGGAUUUUUUUACAUCUAUGCAUACGUCUUUGAAAACAUCAAGUCUGUCCGACUGGAAGCACUGCUCUUAUCCUUGCUGAGUAUCGUAGUUCUUGUUCUUGUUAAGGAGCUGAAUGAACAGUUUAAAAGGAAGAUUAAAGUUGUUCUUCCUGUCGAUUUAGUUUUGAUCAUUGCAGCAUCGUUUGCUUGUUAUUGUACCAAUAUGGAAAACACAUAUGGAUUAGAAGUAGUUGGUCAUAUUCCAAAAGGAAUUCCUCCACCCAGCAUUCCCCCAAUGAACCUCCUGUCUGCAGUAGUUACCGAAGCUUUUGGAGUUGCUCUUGUAGGUUAUGCAGCCUCACUGGCUCUUGCUCAAGGAUCUGCCAAAAAAUUCAAAUAUUCAGUGGAUGACAACCAGGAAUUCUUGGCCCAUGGCCUCAGCAAUGUGAUUCCUUCGUUUUUCUACUGUAUCCCAAGUGCGGCUGCCAUGGGAAGGACCGCUGGCUUGUACAGCACGGGGGCAAAGACACAGGUGGCUUGUCUAAUAUCUUGCAUUUUCAUCCUUAUAGUCAUCUAUGCAAUAGGACCUUUGCUGUACUGGCUGCCCAUGUGUGUUCUUGCAAGCAUUAUUGUUGUGGGACUCAAGGGAAUGUUAAUACAGUUCCGAGAUUUAAAAAAAUAUUGGAAUGUGGAUAAAAUUGAUUGGGGUAUAUGGGUCAGCACAUAUAUAUUUACAAUAUGCUUUGCUGCCAAUGUGGGACUAUUGUUUGGUGUUGCCUGUACCAUAGCUAUACUGAUAGGACGCUUCCCGAGAGCAAAGACUUUAAGUAUUAAAAACAUGAAAGAAAUGGAAUUUAAAGUGAAGACAGAAACAGACAAUGAGUCCACGCAUCAGGUGAAAAUCAUCUCAAUAAACAACCCACUUGUUUUCCUGAAUGUGAAGAAAUUUCAUAUUGAUUUAAAGAACAUAAUCCAGAGGGAGAAUGCCACUAAUCACCUACUUGAUGAUAUCAGCAAGUGUGAACAAAACACGUUACUCAAUUCUCUAUCCAGUGGUAGCUACAAUGAAGAUGCUUCCCAGCCCUGUCUUACCGAGAAGUGGUCAUUAAUCCUGGAUUGCAGUGGGUUGACCUUUUUUGACUACUCUGGAGUUUCCAUGCUUGUUGAGGUUUACACGGACUGUAAGGACAUGAAUAUGGAUGUAUCAUUAGCCAGCUGUCCAGAUUCCCUGAUCAAAGCAAUGAAGUACUGUGGAAAUCUAGACUCAGAGAGGCCAAUUUUUUUUGAAUCAGUAUCUGCUGCAAUAAGUAAUAUCUACUCAAAUAAGAGUUCGAACAAACUCACUGACCACAGUGAAGUCUGAGAUCCUUUUGUGGAGUUGAGAGCUUGUCUAUAGCAGCUACCCCGAAGAGGCCAUAUACUGGCACUUUGCACAACUUUUUGUUGUUUUAAUUCAACACACGACUUCUAGUAUAAGUAUGAUGUGAUUAAGUAAUUGCAUAGCCACUGGUCAAGAUCUGUCAACAAUUUUUUAUAUCUUUGUUACUAAGAAAAAUUCCUUGACUAUUUUAUAUAAGGAUUAGUAUGCAUUUAGUUUUAAUGUACUGAAGGACAAACAUGAUUUUAUUACAGUAGUUUCUUUUGUUUUAUUUUUACAUUGCUGUAAGUUAAUUUUUAAAACAGAGAAACACUUCUGUUAUAGAGAUUUGGAAUAUUUAAAAGCCAUUUGCUAAACCCCAGCAUUACCUGCAACCUGAAAACACUACAUAAAAACAACCUAGCAAAUGUGCCAAUUACCUGGCUCCACUCUCCUCAAAAGCCAUUUAAACAUCAAUAUGACUAAACACUACUUUAUACAAUGGGGCACAGAAUUCACAAAAACAAACCAAAUUGGAAUAUACCACAAACUGGAAAUCACUGCCUCCUACACCCUUCAUUACAUUCAUUCCUGAAGUUUGCGUGUCUUAACCAAGAAUGUUUUUGUGUUGGGAAAAUGGAUAUCCCAACUGAGAUGUUGACAUUUGUCUGUUUUGCUAAGAAUAUUGGAAAAUCUUGGGCUCUUCACAUUGGACAGCUCUAAGUUUUACAUUCCUGCUCCUUUAAAGUCUUCUGCUUAAGUUUCUUUGGAGCUAGAGAGUUUGGAGAUUUCUUAUUUUAUAUUUUUCACAAAUAUGAUUUUUUAGAUAAGAAAAUAUCACUGGUAGACUAGCCUUAUGCUAGUUCAGGGUAAGAGUAACGGUAGUUUUGAACUUUCUUAUUUCAGAGAUACUGUCAAUAAAAUAUAUUUAUCUAUCUCUGGAUAAAGUCUCCAUAGUUUGUUUUCUUUUUCUUUUGUUAGAGACCAUAGAUGUAAUGAUCUGUAGGCCCAUCAAACCAACAGGAUAGUUUAAAAGUGAACACUGAAGGCCAGGCUUAACUACAGACAUUACUGUUUCAGGCUUGUGCAUGUAUAUUUCAUGGCAUGAUGCUACACAAUUUCACAUUUUUAUAUAUCUAGUUGAUAUACACAGGAAGAAGAAUUCCCAUUUUCAAAAAUCACACAUAGACACACAAUUAUACUUAAGACUUAAAAGUAUCUUAACACUUCUGGUAAUUACCAGUGUAAAAAAAACCAAAUACUUUAAAUGACUUUGAAAAGUAGGUUGGAAAUAAAAUCGAGAGAGUCAUCCUUUAGUUGCUUUCAUGAAUCUCUGUAAGAAUAAAUCCUAGCUCCUGACUCCUGAUGCAUCGCAAUGAUCCCUAGCAAAGGUGUGAUAAGCAGUUAUAUGUCCCUUAAUUUUCAGAUUAAAUCCUAGAUAGGAAUAUGUAAUAAAAUGAAAGAGGAGUGUUUUGAUUCUGACAGUUUAUCCAACUAUUUAAAAUUUUGUUGACAUGAACUGCAAAGAAUAGACUCAGUCCAAAAUACCUCAAUCCUUUUAUCACUAAUUUAGAUUGAAAUAAAUGAGCUUAACUUACAUUCCCAUCAGUGUUCCAGGGAAAGAUGCAGGUAGUAACAGAGGCAAAAUUUACUUAGAGAUAGGAAUUUCACUAUGCUUUGUCCAAUCAAAUCAUCCCAAUUAAAUGAUGAUAAAAUUCACUAUCCUCAGUCCAUUAACAUGAGUCAAAGAAAGUCAAGAAAAGAAAAUAUAUUUUGCUCUGUGUAAUGUGAUAUUUUGCUAUGCAACUCUGGCCUAUAAUUGAAUUCAUGCACUGCAAGCAUUCUUUAAUUUAUUGGAGAUUAUGGACCAUGAAUGGCAUUAAAAUCAUUAUAGUUAAUCGAUGGAUGGUAUGUUGCUUUCAUCAUUAAUGCUGAUACAGUAUUGUCUGAGAAGUAUUUCAGUGUUUAUAGUAGAAAUUCAGUGGACAACACUUUAAAGCCAAUAACAUAGGUCAAAUAUUAAUAUUAAAUUCAAGAAAAAGAAAGAUCAUAUCUUAGUGGUAUGUAAUUUUUUUCCCAUGGUUUUCCCCUUGCACUCAGAAGAGAGCAGUCUUAAAUUUAGUUCUAAGAGUUCAAAAAUUAAAUAUGAAUUUUAGAUGCAUGAGAUUGUAAAACACACUUGUUUAUUUCAAAGUAAGACCUAACAACACAAAAGCAGUACUAAGGUCCUAAUGCUAAAAGCAUGACACUACAUUUUUUUAUGGGAUCAUCUUAUUUUUGUAUGUGAUAACCUUCUUUCAUAUUAUUUCUUAUGAUAAAAUAAAAUUGAAAAGAAUUAAAACAGACUUAAAAGCAAUUUAGGGACCUACUGUAGUGGCACAUAUAAAUUAAGUCUAAAAUAUGUAGCCAGGAAAAUAUUAUUAACAUUACAUUUAAGAAAAUUAAAUGGUCUUAAAUUUUACCAUUUAUCUUUCACUUUAAAGGUUAUUUACCCCAAUUAUAUAAUUCCAGUAUUAUAAGGUUUAGUUUAAACCACUUUGCGGUAAUUUAUUUGACGUAUCUCUCCUCUAUAAAUGUAUAAUGUAAUGAUUAAAGAGAUCUUUCUUUUAAAAUGCAAACAUUCAUGUGUUACUACCUUGUAUUAAUAAUGUUUGACAUGUAGUGGCUACUAAAUUUGUUGCUAUGUUGUUGAACAUAUAUAUGCCUAGAAAUGUACGUUUUUGUGUUCUAUGAUGAUCUGAUUCAAUAUAGAAUAUGCUUUUGGCAGUAAGUUUUUGCCAGAUUUAAAAUAGGGAGUUAAGUGGUGCUUUCAGAAUCCAAAGAUUUUUAGUUAAGAAUUAUGUAGUUUAGUAUGCUACACUUAUUAUUUUUAUAUUUUUAAUGCAUUUAAUUAUCUUUUUAUAAUUCUUUGUACUAACUCAGCAUGUAACAACCAAUUUACAUGGAAAUAAAUUGAAAUAUGGUAACUA